AUAGGCGAAAAUUUGAUUCGUUGGGAAAAACAAUAUGGUUCUUUCUUUCGAGUUCAUGGUUUUUUGAACCGUACAUUUAUGAUUACUACCGAUCUUAAAAUGGUUCAAAAGAUCUUUUCUAUUAAUACAUAUGAAUAUAGAAAAACUAGACAAUUCCCUCAGUUAUUGGAUCUUGUAGGAGAAGGAUUAAUAUUUGCUGAAGGCAAUGUUCAUCAACGGCAAAGAAAAAUGAUGAAUCCUGCAUUUUCUUUUACUAAUACAAAGGUAUUUAUUUCUCUUUUAUCAACAAGAGUAAAUGUUAAAUAG